UGCGGGCAACGGGCGUGUCGCGGCGGGGACGGCCCGGUGCCAGCGCCGUGCGGGCGACACGCGCGUCUCUGCGGGGCUGCGCGGGGUCCGCGGAGCGGCUGGGGGCGCGCGGCGCGGGCGCGGCGCUGGGCGCGGGGGGCGCUGCCGGCCGGGAUGAGCUCACCGCAGUCGCGCCGGGGCUGAGCGCCGAGCCGGGCGGCGGCUCCGCGGCGGGCCGGGCCGCGCGCCACCAUGCUGGGCCUGGACGCGUGCGAGCUGGGGGCGCAGCUGCUGGAGCUGCUCCGGCUGGCGCUGUGCGCCCGAGUCCUCCUGGCCGACAAGGAGGGUGGGCAGUCGAAGCCUGACGAGGCGCUGGAGGAGGGGGUGCUGGACGAGGCCGUGCCGGGCUACCAGGCCCCGCGCAGGAAGAGCCUGCUGGAGAUUCUGCAGCUGGACCCGGGGGACGCCAGCCUGCUCACGUACAAGCGGGUGCUGCUGGGGCCCCCGCCGCCUGUCGUGGGCCCCGGCGCCCGUCACCAUGGACCUCACAGGAAACCUGGCUGCGCUGAAGGACCAGGUGUUUGUGCUGAAGGAGGGCGUGGAUUACAGAGUGAAGAUCACCUUCAAGGUGAACAGGGAGAUCGUCAGCGGCCUCAGGUGUGUGCAUCACACCUACCGGCGCGGCCUGCGUGUGGACAAGGCCGUCUGCAUGGUGGGCAGUUACGGCCCCAGGGCCCAGGAGUACGAGUUUGUGACGGCCGUGGAGGAGGUGCCGCGGGGCCUGCUGGUGCGGGGCCCCUACAUGGUCUCCUCGCUCUUCACGGAUGACGACAGGACCAGACACCUGUCCUGGGAGUGGGGCCUGCUCAUCUGCCGGGACUGGGCCGACUGAGCCCCCAGGCUGCCCCCCACCUCCUGCAGUUGCUGCACCGGGACCCCCCACCCCCGCCCUCUGUCCGUGGCCCUGCCCCCGCUGCCCCUUGGGCCUGCUGCUGUGCCCUGAACAGCCCUAUUAAACGUUCCCCUGUCUCCGUG